AUUAGUCGGAAGGGAAACAUGAGAUCGACACUCUGCGACUUUUUAACUGAAUAACUCGACUGUUUUGACUCCGAUCCCAUCGCGUUUGAUAGUCUCCGGCGGUGAUCGAUCUCGAGCGUCCGUUCGUGUGCUGAGAAAGCCGCUCCAAAAUGAUGCUCUUUUGUCGUCGAAACCGUCCGGUCCAGUCCAACCAGUUGUGUUUAUUAAUCCUGCCGAUCUGACGGACAGGGCUUCGGUACUGCUGGACCCGGCUUUCCUGAGACGUCUGGUGGAACCAGGUGCUGGUGGACCUCUGGAUCUUCUCUCUGCUGGACUUGAAGUCUUCCGUUUUGCUUCCCGAGGUGCAACGGUCACAGCACCAUGAGCUCCAGGCGCUGCCGCACCUGCGGGGGCUCGGACAUCGAUGUGGACCAGGCCCGGGGGAGCGCCGUGUGCACGGGCUGCGGCUCGGUGCUGGAGGACAACAUCAUCGUCUCAGAGGUUCAGUUUGUGGAGGGAAGCGGCGGCGUGUCCAGCGCGGUGGGCCAGUUUGUCUCAGCAGACGGUCCUCUGAAGACAUCUCUGCUGGUGUCUGGCUUUCACACCAGCGUCGGAAAAGAAUCCCGAACGCAAACUCUGCAGAAAGGGAAGCGUCAGAUCCAUAACCUGGGGAGUCAGCUGCAGCUGAACCAGCACUGCUUGGACACGGCCUUCAACUUCUUCAAGAUGGUGGUCAGCAAACACCUGACGCGAGGACGCAAGAUGGAGCACGUGAUCGCCGCCUGCCUGUACCUGGUGUGUCGCACUGAGGGGACGCCGCACAUGCUUCUGGACCUCAGCGACCUCCUGCAGGUGAACGUUUACAUCCUGGGGAAGACCUUUCUGCUGCUCGCCCGAGAACUCUGCAUCAACGCCCCGGCUAUAGAUCCGUGCCUCCUCAUUCCUCGCUUCGCCCACAUGCUGGAGUUCGGAGGGAAGACGCACGAUGUGUCCAUGACAGCUCUCCGGCUGGUCCAGAGGAUGAAGAGGGACUGGAUGCACACGGGGCGUCGACCUUCAGGCCUCUGCGGCGCCGCUCUUCUCAUCGCCGCUCGUAUGCACAAGUUCCACCUGACGGUGCAGGACGUGAUCAGCGUGGUGAAGGUGUGUCAGGCCACGCUGAGGAAGAGGCUGACGGAGUUCGAGGACACGCCCACCAGUCAGCUGACCGUCGACGAGUUCAUGAAGGUGGACCUGGAGCAGGAGUGUGACCCUCCGUCCUUCACGGCUGGUCAGCAGAAGGCCAAGUUCCAGCAGUUGGAGCUAGAACUGGCGCGAACACUGGAAGGUGAGAUCAGCGUGUACCAAGAGGAGAUCGAGUCCGAGUUGGAGAAAUGCCGACCCAAGCUCCCCGGGAUUUACGCCGCCUACACCAGAGAGUCGGAGUCCCCAGACAUUCCCGAUCCAGACACAGUUCCGUCGGACUCGGAGAGGCCGGCGUGCGACGACAGCGAGCUGGUGGCUGCUGCCAAUCAGCUGACCCAGGACUUCCUGAGUCAGGUGAUCGAGGAGGAGGUCACUCCGCACCGGGACGCAGCUCCGGACGCCCUCCUGGAGAAGCUGCCGUCGGACGCCACACUCGCCAUCAAGGAGACCUUCCAGAGCUUGUGCAGUCCGGAGCCCGCAACCAAAACCUCAGAGGAGGAUGACGGGGACCUGGACCUAGACGGGAUCGACGACCGGGAGAUCGACAAGUACAUCCUGAACGACAAGGAGGUCGAGGAGAAGACGGAGCUGUGGAUGCAGCAGAACCAGGAGUUCCUGCAGGAGCAGAAAGAAAAAGAAGAGCGGAUCAGAAAAGAGAAGGAGCAGGGCACGUACAAGGAGAAGCCUCAGAAGAGCAAGAAGAAGAAGGAGAGUCUGGAGUCGUCGUCGGCGUCUGAAGCCAUCGAGAAGAUGCUGCAGAAGAAGAGGAUCUCCAGCAAGAUCAACUACCAGGUCCUCCGAGACCUGGACACCUCCGGGGCCACCACCGAUCCCCCCAGCAACGAGCCGCCCGUCAAGGUGGCGCGGAAGAGACCCAGACGCCCCAAGAGAACCAACCUCAGCGACAAUGUGGAGCUGAGUAUGACCCAGGAGAGGAAGAGGCUCCGCCCCGUUUUCUCUUCAGCCUCGUCCAGGAAACUGAGCACCACCCCGGUGAGGUCCCGCCCGCCUAUAACACCAGAGGUCCAGGAGCCUGUUCCCGCGCCGGCUGAGGCGACGGAAGCAGGUCCAGAACCGAGCCGCGACACUGACGCCGUGGCGGAGGAGGAAGAAGCAGAGGAGGCGGAGGAAGAGGAGGAGGAGUGCGUCAGCGCCCUGCAGCUUGUUGGAGAUUACGGCUGCACUGGAGAUGAAGAGGAGGAAGCUUUCUGACCCCCCGACCCACCGAGGUCGAGCCGCUCCGUUUCAAACCUCUAUAGUGAUGGACCUUAUCACCAUAGCUCAGCAGGUGGCGCUCUUGGUUCCACCGGAUUGAAAUCAAAGCCAAAGAUCAUGGAGCAGAGAGCGCCUCCUAUUGGCUGCUGUAGCAGCUACAUGAAGUAUCAUCGCCACUGUGUGCUCGUGAUGAGUCAUCGUGAAACUGUCCACUAGUUGGCGCUCUGUGCUCUAAAAUCUUUGGAGUAUAACAACCGCUUCAAUGAACUCACAUUAUUUAGGACCAACAGCGGCAUCUACUGUGCGCAGAAAAUGAGGACACUGUUUCAUGAAGCCUCAUCAGCCCAUCACUACUGUUUGUUAUGCAGUUCCGCCGCCAUGUGGCGACAAUCAGGUACUGCAGCCGCCCACUCAACUGCAGUGAGAGUUUGAGGUCAUGCAGAGUCACAGAGAGGCCCAAGGUGGCGCUCUCAGUUUAAACACUUGUAUCAUGAGUCCUCAUCAACCCAUCGCUACCAGAUCCAGGUCUACAUCUCCACAUCGGGGCGUAUUUUGGCAGCUCUUGUUCAAGCUCUCUCACAACAGAGACUUUUUAAAUUGGACUUUUAGCGCGCUUGACUUGUGAAUAUAUUUUUGUGUAAAUACGCUUUUGUACAGAUUUGACAAGACAAUAAAUGGCGACACCCAGGCCUCACAGACGACGAGAAACCCGUCAACUUUAUUCUUUUAUUUUCAGAUUUCAACCGUCAGUUUGAUUAGUUGCAAAAUAAUUCUCAGAAACCAAUACAUUAUGACCACUCGUCUGAAAUUUGGACCGACAGCCAAGUGGAGCAGUGACGGGACACGACCUUGAUCUGGUCGCUUGUGCUGUGAAAUGUGUUGUCGACUUUAAAGAAUAAAUUAAUCAACACUCGUAUAGAGGAAUAUAAACAGAAGUUGCAAGU